AUGAAUAUCUUCCCCUCGAAAGGAUAUCUGAGCUUGGGGCAAAAACGAACUUGGCUGCAUGGUCUGUCUACAUUGCCUCAGGUAACGGGUCGCUUUUUUUGGACGCCGUUCGGCUGUCUUGCCACAGUAUACACGCUCAACGUGGUCGCCUGGGGAGCUAUGGACUUCCUUCUAUUUUGCAACGCAUCACCAGCAAUGUGUCAUCCGACAUGCGAUGAUCCCAAUUCGCCUCGUCUUCAAUGGAUGGAGAUAGACAGCCAGAUCCUUGUCGCACUACUAUCCGUCCCUGCAUUCGGCCUUGCGCCACUACGAUACCGUGAUCUGUACUUUUUGCUGAGAUAUCGACUGACUCGCAAUAAAGACAGUUUGCAUACGCUUGUCGAGUACAACAAGGAUUGGUUCAGGUUGGAUAUCAAGGUUGAUGCGGAACUCAGCCUGACGGAGAUUGAAGUGGCAAGCGGAAGUUCAGAGGAUAAGCGAGUUCGAAAUUCACUCUCAGGGAGCUCAUUUGGUCUGGCAGCUCCGGGAACCAUGUCUUUAGCAACAAAAUUAUGGAAACUUGAUUUCGUGGUCUGGUGCAAGGCGAUGAAUACGGCCUUCCAAGCUGUCUUGGCUGCGUUUAUGUGGGGAUACAAUCGCUUCGAUCGCCCUUCAUGGUCGACGAAGAUCUUCAUGUCAUUUACCUUUAGCUGCAUUGUUAUGGCUAAAUUCACGAUGUUCUUGGAGGGUAGGCGAGUUCGAAAGUGUGAAGAUACCAUCCCUGGUAGUAUGAAUCCAACACUCAACGGGGAGGUAGUUUAG